UCUGGAGGUUAACUACCUGAGGUUAAAAGCAAUACCCGGAAAGGGAGUAUUCGAGUACCACGUCAGUUUUAACCCUACUGUUGAUAGCAUGAAUAUGAGGUUUAGGUUAUUAAAUCAACCAGACAUUAAAGAAGUGACAGGGAAAACAAAAACCUUCGAUGGUGCCAAACUUUAUCUUCCUCACAAACUUCAAGACCCUAUGACUGCUCUUUCCACCAAAUUACCGACAGAUGGAUCACCUGUCACGCUGUACCUCAAGUUUAUUGGUCAAGUUAAGCCAGACGACUGCAUACAUUUGUUUAAUGUGCUUUUUCGUAAGAUCAUGUACACUCUGAAAAUGACUCAAGUUGGUAGAAAUUAUUUUGAUCCUAAAGGAGGCAUUGCUGUUCCACAACACAAGUAAGUUUAUCCAGUUCAAUGUUUAGAUACAAUUACUUUUCCCAAAAAUAAUCAUUCCUUUCGUCUUCAUCAAGCUAUCGUAAAACACAGAUGAAAGCUUUUC